UUAGUUUUUGACGGUUUGAUUGACGGAUAUACCGAUGUAACUUCUUUCUGCUCUGUCUGUCAUUCAGUUAACCACGUUCUUCACCGGUCGUGGUCUCUCUUGGUUUCUUGUUUCAUUUAAAUAUUUAAUUUUAUACAAAGACAAGAUCAUAAGCUGUAAGCUUAUUGUAUUAUUAUUGUAAUAUUUUAAAUUCAUCUAUAACAAUGAAGCCACCAUACAAAAUUGCUGAUGAAAAAUUGGCCGAGUUAGGCCGUAAGGAAAUAAUGCUUGCCGAAAAAGAGAUGCCGGGCCUGAUGGCUUGCCGUCAAAAAUAUGCCUCUUUAAAGAUUUUAAAAGGUGCAAGAAUAGCAGGUAGUCUUCAUAUGACAGUUCAGACAGCAGUCCUCAUAGAAACUCUUAUUGAAUUAGGAGCAGAAGUUCAAUGGUCAAGUAGUAACAUUUACAGUACACAAGAUGAGGCUGCUGCUGCAUUGGUGGCUGUUGGAAUUCCUAUUUAUGCAUGGAAAGGAGAAACCGAGGAGGAAUAUGUUUGGUGCAUUGAACAAACACUUGUAUUCCCUGAUGGAAAGCCACUGAACAUGAUUCUGGAUGAUGGAGGUGAUCUUACAAACUUAGUUCACACAAAAUACCCUCAAUAUUUGGAAGGUGUUAAAGGUAUCUCCGAAGAAACAACUACUGGUGUACACAACUUAUAUAAAAUGUUCCGUGAAGGUCUUCUGAAAGUUCCAGCCAUUAAUGUAAAUGACUCUGUUACCAAAAGCAAGUUUGACAAUUUGUAUGGAUGCAGAGAAUCUCUACUUGAUGGAAUCAAGAGGGCCACUGAUAUAAUGAUUGCUGGAAAAGUUUGUGUUGUUGCUGGUUAUGGUGAUGUCGGAAAAGGAUGUGCUCAAGCAUUUAAAGGUUUCGGAGGACGAGUAAUUGUCACAGAAAUAGAUCCAAUUAAUGCACUGCAAGCAGCUAUGGAAGGCUUCCAAGUGACAACAAUGGACGAAGCAGCAGAAAUUGGGCAAAUAUUUGUAACUACUACUGGAAACAUAGAUAUUAUUUGCAAAGAACACUUUGUCAAAAUGAAAGAUGAUGCUAUUGUUUGUAAUAUUGGUCACUUUGACUGUGAAGUAGAUGUAGCUUGGCUGGAAAGUAAUGCUAAGAAAGUUAACAUUAAACAACAGGUUGACCGUUAUGAGCUUGAAAAUGGGAAUCAUAUUAUUGUUCUUGCUGCAGGAAGACUGGUCAACUUAGGAUGCGCAACUGGCCAUUCAUCAUUUGUUAUGUCAAACUCUUUCACUAACCAAGUUUUGGCACAGAUUGAGCUAUGGACAAAACAUAACGAAUAUCCUAUUGGUGUUCACACUUUGCCUAAGAAGUUAGAUGAAGAAGUUGCAGCUCUGCAUUUGGAUCAUUUAGGUGUCAAGCUGACCAAGCUCUCUCCCAAACAAGCCAAAUACAUUGGAGUUCCAGUUGAAGGACCAUACAAACCAGAUCAUUACAGAUAUUAAUAUUAUCGAAAUUAAAUGUAAUGAGUGAAUUUGGUAAAAAUAACAUGUAAUAACUUGUGACUGCAACUGAUCAGUGGAUAGUACCAUAAUAUUAUCAUGUUUGUAUUAACACAAUUAAAACAAAAUAUCAAAGAUGGAA